GCGCGCGCGCGGCGGAGGGGGGCGUGCCGGGUGGUCCGCGCCAUGUGUGCCGCUGUCCGCUCGGCCGCCUCACAGAGGGGGCGUGUGGAGCCGGGCAGCGCUGCCGCCUCGCGCCUCCCGUGCUGAGGAGCGGGGAGCGGCUGAGCCGUUCCAUGUCCGUACCGCGGCGCUACCUCUGCGUCGCCGGCCGGGCGGCGGGAGUCGCCUCCGCCCCGAUGGCGCUGCCGCUGCUCGGCGGAGCCCGACGACGGCUCCUCGCCUCCCGCGGGCUGAGCGCUACCGGAGCCGGGCCGUGGUGGCCGCGGCGGCGGAGCUGCGGGGCAGCGGAGGCGGCUGGUGGAGGGUUCAGGCCGGCGCGGGUGGCGGUGGUGGUGAAAACGACGCGCUACGAGUUCGAGCAGCAGCGGUACCGCUACGCCGGGCUGUGCGAGGAGGACCUGAAGCAGCUGCUUGCCUUGAAGGGAUCUAAUUAUGCUGGUCUAUUAGAGAGGCAUCGCAUUCAUACGAAGAACGUGGAGCAUGUUGUAGAUAGCUUACGGAGUGAGAAGAUAGAAGUCCGUCUUGUUAAACGUCGAGAAUAUAAUGAAGAGACGGUUCGAUGGGCAGAUGCUGUUAUAUCUGCGGGAGGUGACGGUACAAUGUUGUUGGCAGCCAGUAAGGUCUUCGAUAAAUUUAAACCAGUUAUUGGAGUAAAUACUGAUCCUGAAAGAUCAGAGGGUCACCUGUGUUUGCCUGUGAGAUAUACACACUCAUUUCCUGAAGCGCUACAGAAGCUUUAUCGUGGUGAGUUCAGGUGGCAGUGGCGACAAAGAAUCCGACUGUAUCUUGAAGGAACUGGUAUUAAUCCUGUCCCUGUAGAUUUACACGAACAGCAGCUAAGCCAAGAGCAACACAGCAGAGCUCAUAUAAAUGAAAGAUUCCAGGAUCAAAGAUCUGAUGUUUCUGGUCCACAUCUUUUACCAGUGAGAGCACUCAAUGAAGUCUUCAUUGGGGAAUCUCUUUCAUCCAGGUAUGCUGUGUGUUCUGUCUUAUUCAGGGAGAACUUUAAGUCCUGCAAACCCAGUUUUAAAUUCUCGCUUCAUAGGGCCUCCUAUUAUGAGAUAUCAGUUGAUGAUGGUCCUUGGGAAAAGCAGAAGAGUUCAGGGCUCAAUGUGUGCACAGGAACAGGAUCUAAAGCAUGGUCCUAUAAUAUUAACAAGGUAGCAAGUCAAGCUGUUGAAGAAAUCCUUAAUAUCGCUAAAAAGCAUGGAAGUUUGAAUAUGCCGCUGAACACAGGAAUAGUACAAAAAGUGACAAACGAUUACAAUGAAUCCCUGCAGUAUAGUCCAGAAGAACCAAAGAUGUUUUUCAGUGUUCGAGAACCUAUUGUAAACAGAGUUUUCUCAAGCAGUCGGCAGCGUGGCUUCUCUUCAAAAGUUUGUGUCCGUUCUCGUUGUUGGGACGCAUGUAUGGUUGUAGAUGGAGGAACAUCAUUUGAGUUCAAUGAUGGCGCGAUAGCUUCAAUAUUGAUCGAUAAGGAGGAUGCACUGUGCACUGUGUUGCUAGAAGAAUGAAAGGAACCCAGUGUCUUCUGCUGAAGCAGUUCUGGAUCCAGAGAGAGAACUCCUGGAGGAGGACAGCACAUGAUAAUGCUGCAUUAAGUGGGAAGUUGGCUUUUUUUGGUUGUAUGAGAAAUUGGAGGAAAACUGAGGUGCUUUUCAUUCCUUGGGUUGGGGAUAUCUUGGAUGCCUAUUUAUGCUCUUUUUGCAUCUGGUAUAUAAGAAAUUUAUCUGAAGUCUUACCUCUAAGUUCAGUGCAAAUUGACAUUUUUUAACCUGUAUGGCAAAUGUGAAAGAACAUCUUUUUAAACCAGGGGUAGAGGGUUUAAGCACUAAGUCAGUAGCAUUAAAAAUUCAGAUGUACAGUUUUUUAAUAAGUGUGGGACUGGUUAAAUAUAUAUAUAUAUAUAUAUCUUCAUACACCCACUUUUAUAGAAAAUCUGUCAAAAUGUAGAGAUUUGGUGCAAGGAUGUAUAGAUUUUGGUAACUUCUGAUGUUGACAGAGUAGAAAUACAAAUCUUUUGUAUGCUUUUCAACAAUUUUACAACUUUGUAGUUUCAUACAAUUCAUGGCAAAUUUUUUGGCUCAUCCAGUAUUUUUUUCUACGUUGUAGAUUCACAUCAAAAGUGAAAGCCUGGUUUAAUUUCCAGCUCUUUCAUAUCUUCAGUGAGGUAGCUCCUACCUUUGCUCUUUGAGUAGAUAAAGACUUGAAACUUAAGGCUUCUGUUGAGCCCUUUACUAUGAAUACGAUAUAGAAAACAUGCAUACGACAUCUCCCCUCACUGAAUGGAGUACCUGGUUUGUGUGUGUGCAGUCACAGUGUGUGCAGUUAGUUACCAUAAAGAAAGAUACGGACCUGAAGUUGAAUGAUUUGGAACUUUAGGCUCCAAGUUUCUUUACAGCUGCAGAAGAAUGAAAUGAGCUCAGCUGAGUCCUUCUACAUAGGCUUCUGUGGAAACAACGGUAUAAAGAGCACAACACUUUUUGAUAGUGCUGGAUUCUCAGCUAUAGAGCAGUUUAUCAUCGGCAGUCACCACCAGUGAUGAGCAGUGAAUGUGAGCCUGCUCAUAGAACUGCACCCGUGGAGAUGACCCACUGUCACUGCAGCCGCUGCUGAAACACGCUGCUCACCACACUGUGCUCACAUCCACUGCAUGUUCUCCUUCAACACUCACCAAGUGUCACUGAAUGUCAGUGGGUGCCAUUUGAGUUGUGUACCUUUGCUUCACCUGCACUUCCAUGUCAGACUGACCCCUGCUGCCAUCUGUCACAUGGCAACAACACGCAAUGGGGUAUUGGUGGGAAGGUUCCUCCUGUACAGCCCUACCACCAUCUGCUUCUAACACAAUGGGCCAAUGUAAUGAAAGAGGAGGCCUUACUUUUGGAGCAGCCCUUGUAGUCAGAGUGCAAAUAACACUUACACGUUACCCUAUUACUUUCCCCACAAAAAUUAUGCUGAGUUCUAACUGAUACCGAACUGACAGCAUAAUUUUAUGUGCCUCUGGUUGUUGGUUGCAUAACAACAGGUUGUAGGAGAGGAGGUGACUUCAGAUACUGUUUUAGAGAAACUGUGAACUUUGCCUUUGUAAAUCUGUGCUGAUGGAUGCGUAGAUGACAGGGCAGAAUUUGACAAGACGAAGAUUUCUACAGCAGGAACUCUUCUGAAACAUGACUUGAAAACAAAUUCCUUUUUCCUGUCUACCAGGAAAAAAUCUAUUUCCAAAAGUGAGUUUUUUUUUCAAACUACUUUUGAAUGAAGAGACUUCUGUGAUAGAUGUUCUCAGUUUUAAUGGGGAUGUUCUCCGGUGUGGCCAAUCAAUGUAUUUAUUGCCAAUCACAAAAUAUAAACUUGAUUCUGUAGGUGUAGGAAGCGUAUAAAGGAUUUUUCCCUUACACUGUGUUAGUUUUUGUAUUCACUUAGAAUUUAGAAACGGGUUUCAGUUCUAAGAAGAACCUGGUAUGGAUGGAACUUGUUAAAAUAAGUUAUUGCUGUGUUGUGCACAUUUCACCUUUAAGUGUGCCGUAGACCAAUUUAUUCACCUGAUCUUGAGUUAUCUGGACUGCAGACCAGAAAAGGAAAAGCAAAACAGCCAAAUAUUCUUUCAAAAGUAUCAGAGUGAGGCUCUUGAUAUCUAAAGUAGUAUGCAACAUUGAUCUAAGUGUCAAGAUACAAGACUUUAAAACACUGGCUGCAGAGAAUAAACUUCUAGUUGCUCCUAAUCCCUUCGUAGCCCAUCAGGGAUGGCCCUAUGUGCCUUUUAUCCAGUAUGCUUGUCAACAUAGUGUUUAGAUUCAAAAAACAAUGCCAGUAACAUUAAUUUACAACUUCUUAGGACUUUGCCAGCAACUUUGAGAUUAAAAUCUUAUUUAGGCAUUCAGUGUAGCUGAAUCGAUAACAAUUCCUGGCAGAGCUCCUACAUGCUAGUUACUCAGAGUCGUUUUAGCUGUCACGUUUUAAAGAAGACAUUUUAUCCUGGGUCAGUUGUAUUCCUGAUAAAGAUGCUCUUAUUCUGAAUGUUGGGACUAAAACACAAAGCUUUCCAGUUCUGUGGACCCAAAGCAUAAUCUGAUGUAGGGUUUACAUUUCACAGUUAAGUUCCUGACUGUUACUUAGCAAAAUGUAAAUGACCUACUCAUGAGUGGCCUCUACUGGUUCUGUCUGUAUUUUAAUUGCACUUGUGUUAUAGCAUUUACUGGUGAAUGCUUGAUUUAAAUAACAAGGAUGGGUGAGAGAUCUAUAAUA